GGCAGCUUAGGCUGGCGGCCCUUUUUUAGAUCGGAUUAAUAGGCGCUGGUAAAUCCAUGGCAAACUCAACUCGGAGCGAGAAGGAGGGGGCCGCCCUGCCAAAUUGUGCAUCGUGAUGUCAAGUGGAACAUAGGGACGCUCAAAAAUGGACGGGACGGCGGUGGAGGGUCAGGCCAAGACCCUGAAGCGGGUGAGGUUUCGGGUGGCUUCGGGGAGCAGUGGUCGCGUGCUGAAGGAGAUGUUCAAAGACGAGGGGCCCUGUGACUCGCUCGACUCGGACUGCACCAGCAGCUCGGCGACCAGCGGGGACGGGGCCCCCUAUGGCGGGUACUUGGGGUCCGAGCUGGAUGACAGCGAGAGUGAACCUGACGAGUUACUGGUGUACGCUGCCGGGGCUGCCAAGGACCGGACGUUCACCUCCAAAAGGAUCAACAUCCUCAGCAAGAAUGGCACUGUAAGAGGGGUCAAGCACAAAGUCAGCGCGGGUCAGACGCUCUUUGAAAACCUCUCCCAUUGCAACAGUGUGGAGUUAUUGCUGGAGUUAGGUCAGAUGGUGAUCUACACUACCAGCUUCCGCGUGGUGAGAACCACAUUCGAGCGCUGCGAGCUGGUGCGCAAGAUCUUCCAGAACCACAGGCUCAAGUUUGUGGAGAGGAACAUUGCUCUGGACAGCGACUACGGCAAGGAGCUGGAGGAACGCUGCAAGCGGGUGGGAGAGCCUCCAUCGCUGCCUGUGGUUUUCGUAGACGGACACUACCUUGGGGGUGCUGAGAAGAUACUGAGCAUGAAUGAAUCAGGAGAACUACAAGAUCUUUUGACAAAAAUUGAGAGGGUGCAGUACCCCGAGACGUGCCAGAGUUGCGGAGGCUUCGCCUUCGUCCCGUGCCCGACGUGCCAUGGCAGCAAAAUGUCUGUGUUCCGCAACUGCUUCACGGACUCCUUCAAAGCCCUCAAGUGCACUUCCUGUAACGAGAAUGGACUGCGGCCUUGUGGGAGCUGCAGCCAGUGA